CCAGAACACAGCAAUCUCAAGCCCACUCGGAUUAAUACCGACAGACGUAAUGCCGUUUGCCGCCCUCGCGAAGAUGGGCUUCAACCCCAAGCUCGCCGUGGUCGAUAACCGAUUCAGCAACCCAAGGGAUCUAGCCGCCAACGAGCGCAACUUUCUCACCUCCAUCCGGAUGAUCUGCGGUCUACUCGCCGUCACCGCAGCGCUGCUCUUGAAGUUCCGGUUUACGAACCAGUCGGUCGAUGCGUUGCGUCUCGACAUCUCAGGAUCAGGAUCGUCCGAAAGCGGUAACAACAACCUCUUGGCGAGAACAUUCGAUCAAGCCGGCACCAUCGAUCAGAAUGCCUACGCCUGGGCUAGUAUCCUCGGCUACCUCCCUCCCGACCAUCCAACCACUCCGACCCCUUCCAACUCUACCCCAGAGCCGAUCGAUACCACCCCUUUGCUGGAGACGAACCGAAUCUCCACCCCGCUCGGGUCGAUCGUAUUCGCCAUCUGCGUCUUCAUCCUCAUCUCCAGUACGUACGGGUACAGUCAUACGCAUAAACAAUUGGCCAGGGGGCAAGCUUUCGCUGGGAGUUGGAAAUUGGAAGGCUCGAUGACGAUCGUCCUAGCUGCUCUCCUCUUCGCAGCGUCGGUCACCUUUCUCACCAUCGGACGGAUCAGCGCCUAAAGUACAGGACGGCGGAUCAUAGCCUACCUUGUGAAGGCGGACUACCAUGGGGGAUUUACCAUGGUAAAUAGUCCGUUUCAAUUGGGUGGCCAAAUCGUUCGAUCCAGGAUUAUUCGGACAAGGUGGCUCGUCGUGGGUACCGCUCGACGGGCACGAGGUCCAUAUCGGGCUGGUCAGCCUAGCGGGUCUGGCCAACCAGAAAACACCUCCACGAUCGCAAGACAUCGCGACUAUAGCAUACUACAGGCCUCUGAUCGAGGGACACCUUUUCAAUCCUUUUGCCCCUGAUACAACCGGGAUCGGCAAGGAGCAGUGCGUAAAGCUACGGGCAGACUCGUAGUCUCCUCGGAGCUCGACAAUGACCAGCGAUCACCACCGGUCGACAGAACCCGGCCGAAAGCGCCAGGACCACGUAGCACGUCGGGCAUUUAGCUCGCGACUUUGAGCAUGAUCUUGAUAGAGAAUGGU